CAUCUCGCAACAGGCAAAUAUCCGGUAGUCGGUUAACCUACCUUUCCACUGUUCUGUCUUCACGCUUCUCUCACUUGUUCCCCCUAGGGUUUCAGAUUAGCUACCCAACCCAACUCAACUCCUUCGCCUCUCUCUCUGUCUCUCUGUCAUCACAUCAGUUAUCAGCUACAUCAAUGGCGACCGUGACCCCGAUCCCGAUCCCAACCACGCAGAAAGAGGAAAACCCUAGUAAAACCCCUGACCCAGAACAACUACAGGACCAGCCACCCUCAGAUCCUCCUAGCAACGACGCUUCGAUCGACGAGUCUAAGACUAUCGAAGACUCCCCUGUCACCGAAGCUUCAACCGACGUCAAGAACAACGACGAAAGCGAUGUUUCCGAUACCAAGAAGAAGAUCCGCAGGGCCGAGCGGUUCGGGAUGCCUGUUCAGCUAUCCGAACAAGAGAAGCGUAAUUCUCGAGCUGAAAGGUUUGGGACUGUGCCUGCCACUAAUGGAUCAGAUGCAUUGAAGAAAUCAGAGGAUCAGAAGAGAAAGGCUAGAGCAGAGAGGUUUGGGAUUGUGCAGUCUGUUUCUGCUGAUGAGGAGGUGAAGAAGAAAGCCAGGCUUGCCAGGUUUGCGGCAGCAGUUCCCAAGACAGAUCCUGAGGAAGAAGAAAAAAAGAAAGCCAGGGCAUUAAGGUUUUCACAGCCUCCAUCUGAUUCUCUAUCGCAAGUGAAUGACAAAGGAAAUGAUACUGAAAUGACAGCUAUCACAAGCAAGGCUGGUGGGGGAACCUAAAUAUCGUAAUUGCUCUCUUUCAUGGCUUAGAGUUUUGACGUUUUAUGACUUGCCGGUGGCUUCUUUAGUCAUGUCUAAUUUUUCUGACGUAUUAAUUCUUGGACGCAGCUCUCUUCCAUUCUUGGAGACCUUCCUAGGAGGCGAGGCAGCAUGAAGAAGCUUUCUCUUGUCUUUGAUAUUUCUGUUUACCUGUUGAGGCCCCAGGAUGAUCAACAGUUCCUCCUUAGUGUUAACCUAACUGAAAUGACAGACUUAGAAAAUAUCAAAAAUACUGAAAUUAUAGCCUGGGAAAAUAUUCUACUUACAGAAAUUCUGAUAUAAAACCUAGACUCCUCCAGAAAUUACUGAUUGCUAGUUUGGUUCUCUUUUACAACUCUAUCCUUAUUUUCUUCUUCUGUAAUCCACUUGUUACCAACCUCUCAUAUCCACUUGUAGUUGUAGUCAUGUCACAUGCUGUAGAUCUGGUUGGAAUCAGCAGUAACAAGCUAAUGUGCGAGCCUAUAACAUCAUCCGAUCCAAGAUUUUUAGUGUCAAAAUUGCAGUAUUGCCACAUUGAAAAUUUCUUUUUUUGUGUGGAAGGUAGAUCAUAUUAACAGAAAUCACUUGGCAUACUGUGGUCUGGUCUUAUUUUAUUUUAUUUUUGGUUUUUUGAUAUCUUACAUGCAGGGUUUUAUAAAAUUUCCAAGAAAUUGUUAUAUGGCCAAAUAUUGUCAAACAGGAUAAGAUUUCUGAAACAACAUAUGAAGCAAACUGGUUUUGUUGUGCUUUGUAAUUCUAGGUUGAUUGCUUUGCAUAUUGCAAGUUGGUUGUUGAGGUGUGAUUUAACGAUUAUUGAAUGCAUUAUUUUUUUGAUGUACUGGAGCUUUUGUUGAGGAGUUUGCUCCCAUUUUGUGGUGUGAAGUAUAACAUAUUUUGACAUUAGAAAUCAUGGAUCAGAUGAUGGUAAACUGCUUCUUCAAUCUAUAAUGUUACUUUUCAAAAGUCUUCGCAUUUUCAUGUCUGGUUAAAACCGUGUACUUGCCUAUUUUUGUUACUGCUGUUUUCCAACUUGAGCAUGGCAGAUAUGAUGGGUUGGAUUAGGUUUGGGGAUGAAGUUGUCAGAUGAAAUAAUUUGUAUGCAAGUAAGUUCUUGUGAUUGGUUAUUAGGAUGAUGGAGGGUUCAAAUAAUACAUAUUUCCUCAGGCUAUAAUUCCCAGAAUUCUUGGUAUUCUCUGCUUGUUAUUUGAGUUAAAUUGACACUCAGGAGCUGUUUUUUGAUCAACUUCGGCCUCACCGGGCGAACUGACCUGCUAGUCUGUUUGGAUAUGUAGAAAAGAAUGGAAGGUGUUUGAUUAUUAUAGGGAUUUGUAGGUUUAAUUUUGAAACGUUUAAGGAAAAAUUGUGCUUUGUUUAUGAAUUUGUAGGAUCAUUUAAGUUGUUUGCCGGGUGGUCUUGUAAUUUUCCUUUUUUGUCUCUUACUGUAGUAUAUAUUUUCCUGGGAAAAAUCAAGUCGGUUGUCUCUUAUGUUUUUUGGAUGUUAAUAUAGAAAAUCAUCCAUCAAUUAGUUCCUGUUUC